ACAUAUCUUAACGAUGGAACAUGUCUUCCCCAACAUCGUCAUCAUCUCUGCAGUCUCAAGAUGAUAAAGUGGACAAGGUUGUGGUGUUGUACGCUUCGGAAACGGGGAAUUCUCAAGAUACCGCCGAAAGAGUCGGGAGAGAGGUUAGACGGUUAGGUGGACGAUGUGCUGUCAUCUCCAUGGACAUGUUCGAUGUUUUCCAACUCCCUACCACACCUUUGAUCAUCUUCAUCACAUCAACUCAUGGUCGGGGUGAUCCUCCACCGGCAAUGUUACCACUUUGGACAGCUUUACUCAGAACAUCAUUACCACGUGAUAUCCUUGAAGAUGUUCAUUUUGCUCUGUUCGGACUUGGAGAUUCAAGUUAUGAGAAGUUUUGUUAUGCUGGAAAAAUGUUGUUGAGACGGCUAGAAGGGUUAGGGGCGAAUAGGAUUAGUGAACCUGCUUGGGGGGAUGAAAGAGCUCCUGAUGGGAUCGAACAAGCUUUUCAACCUUGGCUCAAAGGUACACUGGAAGCUAUCUUACCUCAUCUUCAACUUCAACCUGAUCACCGAGUUCAAGACAUUCAUUCUCUUCCUCCUCCACUGUACAUCCUCGAACCUGCAUUAAGCGCCCGUAUGUCGAAUCUCGACUUGAACUCUGACCAACACUCAACUCAAUCUCAGCAACAACCUCCAUCUUCACACUCCCACUCUAAAGCGGUGAAUGGGCACGUCGCAGGUCCUGUACGGGAAAUCGACAGUAAUGGGGUAAAGAGCAGAUCCAAGUCAGUCGGUGAGGAGGAAAUUUGGAAACCACCAGGAUGGUUCUGGGCAAAGUUGACGAAAAACACAAAAGUGACUAAGGAAGGUUGGUGGCAGGAUGUCAGAGAAAUCGAAUUUGACUUGGAAGACUCUUUUGAAGGGUAUGAACCAGGAUCGAUAUGUUGUUUACAACCUCAAACAAGUACUCAAGAAGUGGAAGAAUUCUUGGAGAUGAUGGAUCUGAAGGAUCAAGCGGAUGAUCCUGUUGUCAUUCGAGCAUUGGCAGAUGAUCAACCAUUACCAUCUCAUUUACCACCCAAAAAUCAAAUAACGACCCUUCGAUCAAUUUUGACGAAUCACCUGGACAUACGAUGUUCUCCUAGAAGAUCUUUCUUCGAAUGGUUACGUCGUUUAUCUCCCGAUGAGAGAGAACAAGAAAGAUUAGAUGAUUUCCUUUUGGAUCCUGACGAAAUCCAUACGUACGCUACCCGACCUUCACGGACGAUAUUAGAAACUCUUGCAGAUUUCAGAGAAACAAAAAUACCUUUAAGUCAUCUGUUGGAGAUAAUACCUCCAUUACGUAGAAGACAAUUUUCUAUCGCUUCUUCUUGGGAGACACAUCCGGGAAAAGUGCAACUCCUGAUCGCUUUGGUGGAAUAUCGUACAAAUCUUAAAAUACCCCGUAGAGGAUUAUGUUCUUCCUGGUUGAAAUCACUUCCUCUCAACACUCGUAUCCCUAUAAAAAUCACCCCUCCUACUCUUCACUUGCCAGAACCUGACGUACCUGUCAUACUCGUCGGUCCAGGGACUGGUGUUGCUCCCAUGAGAGCUUUAUUGGAAUGUAGAGUGCGUCAAGGGGCUUUGAAAAAUACCGCACUUUACUUUGGAUGUAGAUCUUCCUCUGCCGAUUUAUACUACGAAGAAGAAUGGAAACAUUAUCAAUCGCUAGGAGUUCAUAUACGUAUAGCCAUCAGUAGAGACGGUCCUUCGAAAGUAUAUGUACAAGAUUUGAUCCGACAAGAUUCAAAGAUGAUCAAUGAUUGGGUGGUUGGUCAACAAGGUCAUUUAUAUAUCUGCGGAUCAUCGAACGCUAUGCCUAGAGAAGUGAGGGAAGCUGUAUCAUGGAGUAUCAGCGUAAAGGGUAGUGGGGAUAUGUCUUUGGAAGAAUGUGAUAAAUAUGUAGAAGAGAUGUUUGAGAGUGGUAGAGGUCAAGAAGAGAGUUGGUGAUGCAUCAUUUGUGGAC